AGGCCGCUACUGCCUCAAAAUAUAUCCUAAUGACGUGUCAGGUCAGGAAGCGUCUUGUCGCCAUGGAAACCUGACGUUCUAGGUUUUCGAAAUGACCGAGUCAGUGGUCAGAGCUUUAUACGGCAGAGCAACUUCUUUAAAUCUGAGCUCUAGGAAGAUAAAGGUCGUUCCUGAGAGUGUCUCCAGAUUAACAAACCUGUCAGUUCUGCUGUUAAACAACAACUCCAUCAGCGCCCUGCCUGCCGAGCUGCUCUGCCUGCAACACCUGGCGGAGCUGAAUUUGGGAAAUAAUGCCUUGAAGGAGGUUCCCGCUGUGUUGGGCCAUCUGGAGUCCUUGAAGAAACUGUAUCUGUUCAGCAACCAAAUUACAGCAGUGCCACCUGAUGUGAUAGAUGGCUUACGAAACCUUGUGGUGCUCAAUCUGAACCACAACCAGAUUCAAAGACUUCCACCAGAGAUUAAAAGUCUGAGUCGGCUUCGACAUCUCAGUGUGCUGGACAAUAAGCUGGAGGAGGUCCCUGCUGAGCUGGGUCAUCUCACCGAGUUGACUGAGAUAAACUUCACUUCCAAUAAUUUGUCCUGCCUACCUCAGCAGCUGUACCAGUGCACAGAACUCACCAAGCUGCAUGUUGCCAGAAACAAGCUGACCAGCCUACCAGAGGGGAUCAGAACACUGGAAAAACUCCAAGUUUUGGAUGUGGCUGGAAACAACUUGUCCAUGUUCCCUGUUGAGUUCCACCUGCUGCCCCUGAAGGAGCUCUACUAUGAAGGCAACAGGUUUGUGCGCUGCGAGCCAAUGUCUUCAGUGCAGGAUGCGGAGGUGCUUACGUUAAAGGAACUGGUUGCCAGAUUUGUCCUGCGAGAGGACAGGAACAGGUCCUCUCUGGUCCACCAGAUGCUGCCCCACUACCCAGUCCUGACUGCCCUGUUGGCCAGUGGCAGCUGUUGUGCACUCUGCCUGGAGCCCUUCCUCACCACCUGGCUGGAGUGUGUGCAUUUUAUCAGUCUGAAGAAGGACAUGAAAAUGAAGCGUUCGCAGGCUAUUCCAGUGCGUGCUCUUCUCUGUUCAUACAACUGCUUUAAUACAGAAGGACACGCCUUCUAUGGUGUUGCCACAAGAUGAAUACAAGUUUAUUAAAAAGGUAUUAUUCAU